AUGCAGCUGAACACUAUGUCUCACCUUCCCUCCGAGCCCGAGUUCGAGCAGGCUUACCACGAGCUUGCCUCUGCCCUUGAGGGCAGCUCCAUCUUCACCCAGCACCCCGAGUACCGCACCGCCCUCGCUGUCGCCGCCAUCCCCGAGCGUGUCAUCCAGUUCCGUGUCACCUGGAACGACGAUCAGGGCAACCUCCAGGUCAACCGUGGUUACCGUGUGCAGUACAACGGUGCUCUUGGCCCCUACAAGGGUGGUCUUCGAUUCCAUCCCUCGGUCAACCUGUCCAUCCUCAAGUUCCUCGGUUUCGAGCAGACAUUCAAGAAUGCCCUGACUGGCCUUAACAUGGGUGGUGGCAAGGGUGGUGCCGACUUCGACCCCAAGGGCAAGUCUGAUGCUGAGAUCCGACGAUUCUGCCAGGCCUUCAUGACCGAGCUGUCCAAGCACAUUGGUGGCGAGACUGAUGUUCCCGCUGGUGAUAUUGGUGUCGGUGGCCGAGAGAUUGGCUACCUGUUCGGUGCCUACCGCAGGCUCCGCAACCGCUGGGAGGGUGUCCUCACCGGUAAGGGUCUUACCUGGGGUGGCAGCUUGAUCCGCCCUGAGGCUACCGGCUACGGUCUCAUCUACUACGUCAACCACAUGCUUGAGCACGCCAACCGUGGCACUUUCGAGGGCAAGCGCGUCGCCAUCUCCGGUUCCGGUAACGUCGCCCAGUACGCCGCUCUCAAGGUCAUCGAGCUCGGCGGUACUGUCGUCUCCCUUUCCGACUCUCGCGGUUCUCUCAUCGCCAAGGAGGGUUCUUUCACCCCUGAGCAGAUCCACAACAUUGCUGCUCUCAAGAUCAAGCACCAGGCCCUGACUGCCUUUGAGCACGAGGGUCAGUUCACCUGGAUCGAGGGUGCCCGCCCUUGGGUCCACGUUGGCAAGGUCGACAUUGCCCUUCCUUGCGCCACCCAGAACGAGGUCAGCCCCGAGGAGGCUCAGGCUCUGGUUGAGGCCGGUGCUUUCAUCGUCGCUGAGGGUUCCAACAUGGGCUGCACUGCCGCUGCCAUCGACGUCUUCGAGGCCCACCGCAAGGCCAACGGAGCUCAGGCUAUCUGGUACGCUCCCGGCAAGGCCUCCAACUGUGGUGGUGUCGCCGUCUCCGGUCUUGAGAUGGCCCAGAACAGCCAGCGCAUCCAGUGGACUUCGGAGCAGGUCGACGAGCGCCUCAAGCUCAUCAUGAAGGACGCCUUCUUCGCCGGUCUCGAGACCGCCCAGAAGUACGUCGAGGCCAAGGAGGGCGAGCUCCCCAGCUUGAUCGCUGGCAGCAACAUCGCCGGCUUCAUCAAGGUCGCCGAGGCCAUGCACGACCAGGGUGACUGGUUCUAA